GUUUUAUCCUUGGAAGGUUGACUUCAACCACUCCACAUGCUGGUUCUUUGAUUGUAUAAGAUGAACUCUUGAAGUCUUUUGUUUAAUCCUCUCCAUCUAGAAGACCAAGUUGAAGAUUGACAAAAUGACAAACUUGUAAGUCCGAUAUAAGAUCCAAAUCCUCGUAUUAAUCAAGCUAGUGAACAAGGCUUCGUCCCCAGGAAUGGCGAAGAUGAAAGUGCUUCAGUUUUUGCUUCCAGUCGUCUUGCUUUUGCUCGUCUGCCACGUUCAGGCUCGUAAGAUCGAGGAAAACUUGGCCUCUGAUAUUAUCUUUGGCGCAGUUCAAUAUGUAAAGCAGUCGGUGCUGUUCUUGAGCCAUUUGGUUUCAUCGGAUGACUGCGAUCAGACAUAUGGGUUCUUGCCGUGCACCACCACUGUAUGGGGGAAUGUCUUCCUGAUUCUGGCGUAUGGUUACCUGAUGUUCCUAGCGGCAAAGCUGUUGUCCGAUGGAAGUGAGAUUUUGCUGCAAAUUCUUGGUCCUGGCAUUAUUGGGGGUCUCUUUCUGCCAGUACUUAGCUCACUUCCUGAUGCUACAAUUAUCCUUGCAUCUGGCGUCUCUGGGAGCACAGAAGAUGCUCAAAGCCAGGUCUCUGUCGGGAUGGGCUUGCUCGCUGGAUCGACAGUAAUGCUCCUGACCGUUCUAUGGGGCACUUGCAUUAUCGUCGGAAAAUGCGAUAUCGAGAACUCAACUACCAUGGAUCAAAAGGAUACAAAGAAAUUCAGCUUAGCUGGAUCUGGGGUGAGCACUGACAUCUGGACAAGCUAUGCAGCAAGAAUCAUGAUGAUCUCUAUAAUUCCAUUCAUAAUAGUCCAACUACCAGAAAUUUUUGGAGCAAGCUCGCUAAGCCGAGCCGCAGUUCUGGUUUCUUUCAUUGUUUCCAUAUGUUUGUUGCUGUCUUACUGCCUCUACCAGAUUUUCCAGCCAAGAAUCCAGAAAAGAAGAAUUGCAUAUGCAAUGCAUAAGCGCAUAAUAUCAGGACUCCUACAGCAAUUGAAAGCUCGUACACUUGGAAAGCUAGUUACCGAUGAAGGCAAACCCAAUACGGUUGUGAUAGAAAAGUUAUUUGAGACACUUGAUGUGGACUCUAAUGGAAACCUAUCCCCAGCAGAGCUACGAGCCCUCAUUAUUGGAAUCCAUUUUGAAGAGGUAGACAUAAACAUGGAUGACGCAGUCCAUAAAGUGAUAGAGGAUUUCGACACUUCUCGGGAUUCAAAACUCGAUUCUGCUGAGUUCAUUGAAGGAAUCUCUAAAUGGCUCAGAAGGGCUAGACGCACUGCAGCAGGAGCACAUGUGCAAGAUGAUAUAUCCCUGACAACAAGGCUUCUGGACAGUUUCGACGAGCGGACAGAGCAACAGCUUGAUCAGUUGGUAGACCAGGAAGAUGAGCUGGAGGUGGAUGAUGUGAAAAACGUGAAGUGGAAUACUGCCAAAGCAAUAUUAAUGCUGCUUCUCGGAACAGCUAUUGCCGCCAUCACUGCAGAUCCCCUUGUGGACGCAGUCGACAACUUUUCAACCGCCACAAGUAUUCCUUCCUUCUUUGUGUCCUUUGUGAUCCUUCCGUUCGCUUGCUCCAGCGAGGUUGUCUCGUGCCUUAUGUUUUCCAGCCGAAAGAAAAAGAGAACCACGUCCUUAACGUACUCAGAGAUAUAUGGAUCAGUGACCAUGGGAAAUGUCCUGUCCUUGGCGGUGUUCUUAGGCUUAGUUUACGUGCGGCAACUGACAUGGGACUUCUUCUCGGAAGUAUUGGUGACGGUGAUUGUAUGCCUUGUGAUGGGCGCAAUUGCCAGUUUCCGCACUACCUUUCCGCUUUGGAUGAGUUUCUUGGCCUUAGCGCUUUACCCCCUCUCCUUGUUACUGGUGUACGUUCUAGACUAUGUUCUUGGAUUAUCAUAGGUUUGUUGACCCUGCAAUUUACUUUGUAAGAAAACUGAGGCUUUAUUGAAGCUCACGGCUUAUUUGUAUUUGGUUUGUCAACACUGAGGCUUGUCAUUCAGAUCGAUUUUUCCAGUCUUAUGAUAAUGCUUAACUCUGAA